AUGGAGCAGGAUGAUGCCCUCCUAGUGAGAAUGCUCUCCGUAAGCUUAGAGGACAAGGAGCUGGUUUUUACUUGACUUCAUAAAUGAGAUGAGUUUAAAUGAAAUGUCAGUGUUUGUGGUGCACACAGUAGGAGUUCCACUCUGUUUGGGCUUAUCACACCCUAUAGAUUUCCUAGAGUUCCUCGGAGUUCUGCUUUGUUUUUCUCUGUUACUCAAAGGCAUGUUUUCUUUUUCCUUUUAGUUUCUGGACAUAAACUGGACAGGCCUCACAAAUAUGCUGGACAUUCCAGGCUUGAAGUAAGUGACAACUGCACGACUGCUUCUUAUUACUGUUGUGGUGUGGAACUGGCCUAACCCAUAAUAUAGGCGUGUUAGGGGAAUUAGGUUUCGUAUUGGUCUAUUCAGAGGGCGUUGUCCACAGUUACAGGACACAUUAAUUGUAUCCAUGUCUGCAUCCCAAAUGGCAACCCUUUCCCUAGAUAGUACACUACAAGUAGUGCACUAUGUACAGUGCCUUCAGAAAGUAUUCAAACCUCUUGACUUUUUCCACAUUUUGUUGUGUUACAGCCUGAAUUUAAAAUGGAUAACAUUUAGAUUUUAUGUCACUGGUCUACACACAAUACCCCAUCAUGUCAAAGUGGAAUUAUGUUUUUAGAAAUUUUUACAGAUUGAAUUAAAAAUGAAAAGCUGAAAUGUCCUUGAGUCAGUAAGUAUUCAACCCCUUCGUUAUGGAAAGCCUAAAUAUGUUUCAGGAGAAAAUAUUUGCAUAACAAGUCACAUAAGAAGUUGCAUGGACACACUCUGUGUGUAAUAAUAGUGGUUAACAUGAUUUUUGAAUGACUAACUCAUCUCUGUACCCCACACAUACAAUUAUCUGUAAGUUCCCUCAGUCGAGCAGUGAAUUUCAAACACCGAUUCAACCACAAAGACCAGGGAGGUUUUCCAAUGCCUCGCAAAGAACGGCACCUAUUGGAAGAUUAGGUACAAAUAAAAAAAGCAGACAAUGAAUAUCCCUUUGAGCAUGGUGAAGUUAUUAAUUACACUUUGGAAUACACCCAGUCACUACAAAGAUACAGGCCUCCUUCCUAACUCAGUUACCGGAGAGGAAGGAAACCGCUCAGGGAUUUCACCAUGAGGCCAAUGGUGACUUUAAACAGUUACAGAGUUUAUUGGCUGUGAUCUGAGAAAACUGAGGAUGGAUCAACAACAUUGUAGUUACUCCACCAUAUUAACCUAAAUGACAGAGUGAAAAGGAAGCCUGUAGAGAAUAAAAAUAUUCCAAAACAUGCAUCCUGUUUGCAAUAAGGCACUAAAGUAAAACUGCAAAAAUGUGGCAAACAAAUGAACUUUAUGUCUUGAAUACAGAGUUAUGUUUGCGUCAAAUCCAACACAACACAUCACUGAGUACCAUUCUUCAUAUUUUUAAGCAUGGUAAGGGAAAGGGCAUAUCUAGUCAGUUGCACAACUGAAUGCAUUCAACCAAAAUGUGUCUUCCGCAUUUAACCAACCCCUCUGAAUCAGAGAGGUGUGGGGGGCUGCCUUAAUCAACGUCCAUGUCAUCGGCGCCCGGGGAGCAGUUGUUGUGGGGGGUUUAACCUUGCCGCCGUGGGGAUUUGAACAAGCAACCUUUCGGUUACUGUCCCAACGCACUAAGUGCUAGGCUACCUGCCGCAUCAUGUUAUGGGUAUGCUUGUCAUCGGUAAGGACUACGGAGUUUUUUAGGAUAAAAAGAAACAGAAAUCACAGGCAAAAUCCUAGAGGAAAACCUGGUUCAGUCUGCUUUCCAACAGACACUGGGAGACAUUCACCUGUCAGCAGGACAAUAUAAACAAAGGCCAAAUAUACACUGGAGUUGCUUACCAAGAUAACAUUGAAUGUUCCUGAGUAGCCUAGUUACAGUUUUGAUGUAAAUCAGCUUGAAAAUGUAUGGCAAGACUUGAAAAUGGCUGUCUAGCAAUGAUCAACAACCAACUUGACAGAGCUUGAAGAAUUUUUAAAAGAAUCAUGUGCAAAUAUUAUACAAUCCAGGUGUGCAAAGCUCUUAGGUUGUGUCUUCACCUGACACAUACAUGCGACUUCUGCUAUCAGAAUACGAAGAUCGCAUUGAAAUGACCGGUCUAGACGCACAAAAGUCACUUUGUGGUCUGAUUGUGUUCAGAUCUGUCUGACCACUUCGGGAGGUGGUCAGUGAUGCAUUGUGUGCGGAUUUCUCCUCAGUCUGGACGCAAUCAGGCUACCGAACGCGCAUACAGUGUUCAUGAGUCUUAUGGCUUGGGGGUAGAAGCUGUUAAGAAGCCUUUUGGAUCUAGACUUGGCGCUCCGGUACCGCUUGCUGUGCAGUAGCAGAGAGAACAGUCUAUGACUAGGGUGGUUGGAGUCCUUGACAAUUUUUAUGGCCUUCCUCUGACACUGCCUGGUAUAGAGGUCCUGGAUGGCAGGGAGCUUGGCCCCAGUGAUGUACUGGGCCGUACGCACUACCCUCUAUAGUGCCUUGCGGUCGGUAGCCGAGCAGUUGCCAUACCAGGCGGUGAUGCAACUAGUCAGGAUGCUCUCGAUGGUGCAGCUGUAGAACCUUUUGAGGAUCUGAGGACCCAUGCCAAAUCUUUUCAGUCUCCUGAGGGGGAAUAGAUUGGUGUCACUCGUGCUUCCUGCUUAAUUUUUUGCUUAUAAGCAGUAAUCUGGAGGAUAUAAUUAUGGUCAGAUUUGCCAAAUGGAGGGCAAGGGAGAGCUUUGUACGCGUCUGUGUGUGGAGUAAAGGUGGUCUAGAGUUAUAUAUAUAUAUAUUUUUUCUGGUUGCACAUUUAACAUGCUGGUAGAAAUUAGGUAGAUCGGAUGUAAGUUUCCCUGCAUUAAAGUCCCCGGCCACUAGGAGCGCUGCCUCUGGAUGAACGUUUUCCUGUUUGCUUAUGGCCUUAUACAGCUCAUUGAGUGUAAUCUUAGUGCCAGCAUUGGUUUUUGGUGGUAAAUAGACAGCUACGAAAAAUAUAGAUGAAAACUCUCUUGGUAAAUACAGCUUAUCAUGAGAUACUCUACCUCAGGCGAGCAAAACCUCGAGACUUCCUUAGUAUUAGAUUUCGUGCUCCAGCUGUUGUUUACAAAUAUACACAGACCGCCACCCCUUCUCUUACCGGAGUCAGCCGUUCUAUCCUGCCGAUGUAACGUAUAUCCCGCCAGCUGUAUGGUAUCCAUGUCGUCGUUCAGCCACGACUCUGUGAAACAUAAGAUAUUACCGUUUUUAAUGUCCCGCUGGUAGGAUAUCCUUGAUCUUAGGUCGUCCAUUUUGUUUUCGAAUGAUUGUACGUUGGCCAAUAGGACUGAUGGAAGAGGCAGAUUACUUGCUCGCCAUCGGAUCCUUACAAGACACCCCGACCUACGUCCACGAUAUCUUUUUCUCAUGCGAAUAACAGGGAUUUGGGCCUUGUCGGGUGUCUGUAGAAUAUCCUUUGCGUCCGACUCGUUGAAGAACAAAUCUUAGUCCAAUACGAGGUGAGUAAUCGCUGUCCUGAUAUCCAGAAGCUCUUUUUGGUCAUAGGUGGCAGAAACAUUAUGUACAGAAUAAAUUACAAAUAACGUGAAAAAACACACAUAAUAGCACAAUUGGUUAGGGGGCCGUAAAACGGCAGCCAUCUCCUACGGCGCCAUCUGAUUAUGGUUAUAAAUGUUUUACUCAGGCUGUAACACCACACAAUGUCGAAUAAGUCAAGGGGUAUGAAUACUUUUUGUGCGUCCCAAAUGUCACCCUAUUCCCUACAUGUACAUGUAGGGAAUAGGAUGACAUUUGGGAUGCACAGCUUGUCAUCAGUCCAAAUAGGCUAAUAGAUUAGAGGCAACCAUUUUACCAGGGAUGAAGGGAGGAGGUAGAGGAGGAGGGGAAGGUAUCUAUAUCUAUAUCAUGCAGUUCAUUGUGCCAGUGAAAGGCUAAAGGCUGAUUCGGCUUACUAGGCUGUUUAGAUAGUUUAUUCAGGGCUGGGCUGGCUCCUGUGCCUGGAAUGAAAACAGCUCUGUCCCUCCUGCGAUGACAACCAGGGAUGCAUCUCAAAUGACAGCCUAUAUCCCUAUAUAGUGCACUACUUUUGACCAGGCCUGGUCAAAAGUAGUACACUAUUAUAGAGAAUAGGGUAGCAUUUGGGACACAAACAAGGCAGGACAAACAGACAGGAGGGAACAUGAACAUGAAGGCCUCAUUGUUGUGGAGAGAGGGCCAGGUGGCAGCUUUCAGGGCUGGUGGUGAUGGUGAGGUAGGCAUGUCAACACAUUCUCACCAUUUGAGAAAUUGUGUGGUAAUAAACCAUGGUAGGUAUAAAUGGCUAACACAGGCUGAUCCACUCUUUCAGACAGGGCUGCAGUCUGUGGGAGAUGUGGAGGGGGAAUGGUCAUCAUGGCUCUCUCUGGGUGUGUUCCAAAUGACACCCUAUUCCCUAUAUAGAGCACUACUUUUGACCAGGGCCCAUAAAGAAUAGGGUACCAUUUGGGAUGUAGCCCCUGUUGCUGUGUGUUAAAAGUAGUCGUGCACCACUGUGAGGUCACAGCUCCAUGAGCAGCUCUAAGCAAAGCAGCCAUGUGGUGGAGGGUGUGCUAUUAGCGGAAAAGUAGCUAUCACAUAAACUCCCCUCCAUAUGUAUUUAGACAGUGAAGUUAAAAUGUUUUAUUGUGUCCAAGGAAUAUGGGACCAAAUACUAAACUUUUGUCCAAAUACUUAUGACUUCUUCAAAUGGGGGGACUAGAUACAUGGUGCUUUCAUUUCUAAAUGGUGAAACAUAUGUAUGAACAUACUCAUUACCUUCAAAUGAAGGCUGUACUGUCACCUAAAAUGAAACAUUCCAUCUCAAAUCUAAAAUGCUGGAGUAUAGACCCAAAUAUAGAAUUUUAGCUUCUCUGUCCAAAUACAUACAGUGCAUUUGGAAACUAUUCAGACCCAUUUACUUUUUCCACAUUUUGUUACAUUACAGCCUUAUUAUAAAAUUGAUUAAAUUGUUUUUUCCCCUCAUCAAUCUACAUACAAUACCCCAUAAUGACAAAGGGAUUAACAGCUUUUGAGAUUUUUUUGCGAAUGAAUAAAAUAAACAGAAAUAUUACGUUUACAUAAGUAUUCAGACCCUUUACUCAGUACUUUGUUGAAGCACCUUUGGCAGCGAUUACAGCCUCGAGUCUUCUUUGGUAUGACGCUACAAGCUUGGCACACCUGUAUUUGGGGAGUUUCUCCCAUUAUUCUCUGCAGAACCUCUCAACCUCUGUCAGGUUGGAUGGGGAGCGUUGCUGCACAGCUAUUUUCAGGUCUCUCCAGAGAUGUUCGAUUGGGUUCAAGUCCGGGCUCUGACUGGGUCACUCAAGGACAUUCAGAGACUUGUCCCGAAGCCACUCCUGUGUUGUCUUGGCUGUGUGCUUAGGGUCGUUAUCCUGUUGGAAGGUGAACCUUCGCCCCAGUCUGAGGUCCUGAGUGCUCUGGAGCAGGUUCACCCCAGUCAGGUUUUCAUCAAGGAUCUCUCUGUACUUUGCUCCAUUCAUCUUUCUCUCGAUCCUGACUAGUCUCCUAGUCCCUGCCGCUGAAAAACAUCCCCACCGCAUGAUGCUGCCACCAACAUGCUUCACUGUAGGGAUGGUGCCAGGUUUCCUCCAGACGUGAUGCUUGGCAUUCAGGCCAAAGAGUUCAAUCUUGGUUUCAUCAGACCAGAGAGUCUUGUUUCUCAUGGUCUGAGAGUCUUUAGGUGCCUUAUGGUAAACUCCAAGCGGGCUGUCCUGCCUUUUAUUUAUUUCUGUUUUUAUGUUUAAUACAUUUUCAAAAAAUUCUAAACCGGUUUUCGCUUUGUCGUUAUGAAGUAACGUGUGUAGAUUUAUGAGUAAAAACAUUUAUUCUAUCUAUCUAAGGCUAUAAUGUAACAAAAUGUGGAAAAGGGGAAGGGGUCUGAAUACUUUCCGAAUGCGUUUUAUGGAGGGGAGUGUCCACGCUACUAUACCCCAGAGCUAGCUUGUUUCAACAUUUCACAACUCAUGUUCUGUUCAAUAGCGUUCUCAUUUGGGGGUGUUUUUACCCUUUACACUCGUGGGAAUUGGCCUAUAUGGAUAAAUUGCAAUGUUUCUAACAGAAGAAAUAUGAAAAGCAUAAGCAUGGUAGCAAUUGAAAGGGAACAGUUUGGAGAUUUGGGGUAAAUUAUUAGACCAACGUUGAGGACACAACAGUUAACCUGACAAGACUGAAUCCAAACAUUACACUGUUGAUUUUAUGUGCAUUUUACAUUCACUGUACUUUUCGCCGCAUUUGUUGAUAACGAAAUCUGAAAAUACUCUGGAUACAUUCAGUAACAUGAUAAGAAUAUUCAUGGUAAAUGUGGGGUAGCUGCAACAGGACACAAAUAAAAGGGUUUGAUUGAGAGGACUAAGUGGUGUCUCCAAGUGGCCACACCUCUCCAAAGUGUGCACAGUUCCGAAGUAAUUCCAAUGCACUCUUCAACUAUAAGGUGCUUUUGAGCUCUCCUAGCUGUGCCAUUGAGGAACUAGAGCAAGGACACUUGAAAGUUGUUUUUGUUUUGGAACACAACCCUGCGUUGCAGCAAUCACACAAUUACUGUUGUUUACGCAGUCCAAAAAUUGCCUAUUAUAAAUUGCAAUAUGGGUCAGGUGGGCAUCAUUUGAAAGCUUGUUCUAUUGUCAACAUGACUAGAAAGUAAAAAAAUAUGAUCUUAGUGUUAGGCUUUCACAAGGAAAUUCAGAGAAACAGAUCGUAAUUAUGGUGCGCAUAGAAAGGAGUGCUUUCAGGUGUGCCACUGUGAAAUUUCUUCACAAUAAGACAAAUAGGCGUAUUCUGUUCAGAACAACCCAGGGUUUGACGCCAUGUCAUCUAGUAACUGUAUAUCACACAGAGGGAUCAUAAACAUUGACACUGUAUAUGACAUGAGUUUUAUUAAAUGAAAAUGUGAAAUGCACAUUUUAAUUCACGGUUGUUUGGCUUGCUUAGCGGUAUUUAUUAUAAUUCUCAUCUUUCAAAAUACAUUGAGUCCUCUUAAUUUACAGCAUUUCCCUCACUGACCUUUUUUUUUUUCAAAAGUUGCCCAACUAGCAGGAGGGAUGUGGGCAACUUCUUGUCGCGUGCAGUGCUCAAGUCAGUCAAACCCCAUACAGCGCUGUGUAGCGGAGACCCUGAACUCUGACGUCAUUCAUAGAAUGUUACUGUACAGCCACUGCGUUCCAAUUGAGGUGCUUAUCAGUGCCAUUUUCAACCAGUGUACAGGUACGAGUGUAAAUGGCUACCUAUCAAACUUAUCUGCAAGUGAUAUGCUCACUUACGCCAAACAAAAUGGGGGUCAAAUAAAAACAAAGACCAAUGGACGAACGUAAAUACAGUUGUCCAGGUUAUUUUCCCUGGAAUAUACUGUUAGAAGUGAACAACACGCCACACAGACAGGAUCCUCAUUGUACAGUGGGCCAUCCAGAAAUUUGAAUGGGGACAUUUGAAUACACUUAAUUCAAUAGAGACAUGUAUAGGCCUAGAUGGCUGUGGUGGUUUGAUAGAUAAUGUAGAAGCUGUGCCCUGAUCAAGGACCACAACUAAACAAAUGAGUAUAGUGCCUGGUGUGUCAUUUUGUUUUGGUACGAGACACAUUGUGGGUUUGACAGACUCCGCCCUGUGAAAUGUAGCCUUCCUCGUUCUACAGGUUUGAAGGAAACACCAGUGUGUGUGUGUGUGUGUGUUCAACCUGAAACCUGCAUUACUUCACCCUUUUCGCGUGCGUGUGGGUGGGUGUGUGUGAACAGACAGACAGAGGGGGUUCUGUGUGUGAGGCUCAUGUUUCCUCUGGUAUAAUUUGCAUCUCUCUCGCAAACAGCAGGCACCUCCGGUCACCCGUGAGUGUUUGUGUGGUGUGUGUUUUGUUUUGUUUUCUACUUCCCCAACACACAGACACGCUCUGAGUUUAAAAAGUUGAAUUGUAGCUUUGCUGACCUUUUCCUACAAACAGACAAAAAGAAAGGACUGAGCACAAAAUGCAAAGUUACUUACAUUUGCUACUAAUUAUCUUUGUUGAAAACUUAUAGCAGUUGAACACCAGAAAUCAAUAAAUUCCUUCUGCAGAUAAACCCAGAAAUGUGCGGGAUGGACUCCACAUAUUUCGGAUACACACGUUCUCACUAAAAACAACCUCCUUUUAUUGACGUCACAGAAUAUUGUAACCUCAGAGUUGUUUUGAGGACGGGAUGGGGGAGGCUCUGCUGAACAAUUAAACCCAGCUCUGAGGGACUAACACGCAUCCAAUGAAGGAAUUCUCCAUUCACUACAAUGCUGCCAUCUAGUGGGCAUUAGAGAAACUGAUAAUUGACUGGUUUGGAUUCACCCUUUAUUUAUUUUAUUUAUUUUUAUUUCACCUUUAUUUAACCAGGUAAGCCAGUUGAGAACAAGUUCUCAUUUACAACUGCGACCUGGCCAAGAUAAAACAAAGCAGUGUGAUAAAAACAACAACAAUGAUAAGCUUUGUCUUGGCUCUAGUUGAAAUACAGUGCAUUCAGAAAGUAUUCAAACCCCUUCCCUUUUUCCACAUUUUGUUACGUUACAAUUCUAAAAUUGAUUAAAUAAAUAAAAAUCCUCAUCUAUCUACACACAGUAUAAUAAUAACAAAGCGAAAACAGGUUUUUAGAAAUGUUUGCAAUGUAUUAAAAAUAGAAAAUAGAAAUACCUUAUUUACGUAAGUAUUCAGACCCUUUGCUAUGAGACUCGAAAUUGAGCUCAGGUGCAUCCUGUUUCCAUCAUCCUUGAGAUGUUUGUACAACUUGAUAGGAGUGCACCUGUGAUAAAUUCAAUUGAUUGGACAUGAUUUGGAAAGGCACACACCUGUCUAUAUAAGGUCCCACAGUUGACAGUGCAUGUCAGAGCAAAAACCAAGCCAUGAGGUCAAAAUAAUUGUCCGUAUAGCUCUGAGACCGGAUUGUGUCGAGGCACAGAUCUGGGGAAGGGUACCAAAAAAAUUCUGCAGCAUUGAAGGUCCCCAAGAACACAGUGGCCUCCAUUAUUCUUAAAUGGAAGAAGUUUGGAACCACCAAGACUCUUCCUAGAGCUGGCUGCCCGGCCAAACUGAGCAAUCGGGGGAGAAGGGCCUUGGUCAGGGAGGUGACCAAGAACUUGAUGGUCACUCUGACAGAGCUCCAGAGUUCCUCUGUGAAGAUGAGAGAACCUUCCAGAAGGACAACCAUCUCUGUAGCACUCCACCAAUCAGGCCUUUAUGGUAGAGUGGCCAGAUGGAAGCCACUCCUCAGUAAAAGGCACAUGACAGCCCACUUGGAGUUUGCCAAAAGGCACCUAAAGGACUCUCAGACCAUGAGAAACAAGAUUCUCUGGUCUGCUGAAACCAAGAGUGAACUCUUUGGCCUGAAUGCCAAGCGUCACGUCUGGAGGAAACCUGGCAUAAUCCCUACGGUGAAGCAUGGUGGUGGCAGCAUCAUGCUGUGGGGAUGUUUUUCAGCAGCAGGAACAGGGAGACUAGUCAGGAUCGAGGGAAAGAUGAAUGGAGCAAAGUGCAGAGAGAUCCUUGAGGAAAACCUGAUCCAGAGCUCUCAGGACCACAGAAGGUUCACCUUCCAACAGGACAACGACCCUAGGCACCCAGCCAAGACAACGCAGGAGUGGCUUAGGGACAAGUCUCUGAAUGUCCUUGAGUGGCCCAGUCAGAGCCCAGCCUUGAACCCGAUCGAACAUCUCUGGAGAUACCUGAAAAUAGCUGUGUAGCAAUGCUCCCCAUCCAACCUGACAGAGCUUGAGAGGAUCUGCAGAGAAGAAUGGGAGAAACUCCUCAAAUACAGGUGUGCCAAGCUUGUAGCGUCAUAUCCAAGAAGACUCGAGGCUGUAAUUUUUUUUUUUUUUUUACAUUUCUAAAAACCAGUUUUUCUUAGUCAUUAUGGGGUAUUGUGUGUAGAUUGAUGAGGGGGGAAAAUAAUGUAAUCAAUUUUAGGAUAAGGCUGUAACGUAACAAAAUGUGGAAAAAGUCAAGGGGUCUGAAUACUUUCCGAAUGCAGGACUUGUUUAACUUGUGGUUGGGCUCCUCUCUAGGGUUCAGAGUGUGACAGUGCCCUUGGCUUCUGCUGUCAUUCAUGGACUGAAUCUCAAAUGGCGCCCUUUUCCCUAUAUAGUGCACUAAUUUUGAUCAAGCCCCCCCCCCCACUUCUGUGAAGCCUCUUCUGCCUCUUCUGCUUGGUUAUCAGUCUUGAAAAUCACCAAAUCAGUCACCAGAUCACUGUUAAGUGUCAGUGCUACAAGACACUUCCAUGGGGGGGGGUAAUGAUCUGCUUGAAAUGGUGUCCCACAUGGCACCCUUCUCCCUAUUCACUAUGGGCCCUGGUCAAAAGUAGUGCACUAUAUAGGGAAUAUAGUGCCAUUUGAGACGUAGAAUGUUGGUUGAAACGGGAUGGAGGUAGCAUCAGCCUGAAUGGAAGAUGUUUUUUUAUCUGUGUCUCUGUGUCUCCUGGCCUGUGUGUGUUAUAACCUGUCUCUCUUUGUCCCCCGUCAGUGGCCUGUGUGAUAACCUGAUCCAGGACAUCAUCUACAGCUACCUGGUCAUGCCUAACCGCAUCACCAUUCCUCUGGUGGGAGAGGCUCAGCUCUCUCAGCUUCGCUUCCCAAUACCUAAGGUAGGGAGGGACGGACGGACGGAAGAGUCCCACUAACCACACACACACACACACUACACUGAGUCUGAAAGCAAGACACACAUUCCACUGUAUGAAGCCGAGCCUGAUGAAUGAAUCAAUUAAUUUCCUACCGUUGUUUUGUUAUGUUAGAAUGCAACCCAUCCCUUAUGGCAGUAUUGAAUUCCAAUUUUGUUAAUGUAAUAAUUAAAUCACUAUAAUAUAUGUAUGAACUCAGUGAUUUUGGUCUCUCUCCUCCCAGGGCGUCCUGAGGAUUCACUUCCUAGAGGCCCAGGACCUGUUAGCGAAGGAUAUGUUCCUGGGAGGGAUGAUCAAGGGCAAGUCAGACCCGUACGGGGUCCUUCACAUCAACAACCAGCUGUUUCGGAGCAAGGUGAUCAAGAAGACCAUCAAUCCGAAGUGGAACGAAGUCUAUGAGGUAGAGAAAAUAUUUUAAAGUGUCCACAAAGUGGUGCAGGAAGUUUUCUGAAGAUGAUUGUUACGUUGGGGAAAAAAUUGAUAGUAUGAGAGGGAAUGUCUUUAUUGAAUUAACUGAAUGGGACUCUUUUACAAUGUUGGAAUGGGUGGGUUGUCUGACAUUAACUACGUUACAGUACAUUACCAACAUGAUGCCCUGUAUGCAACUGAGAAGGUCUAACUGUAAUAAUGCCUGUUUGAAUGUGACCUUCAGUCUAUGGUGUAUGAAAACUCAGGACCAAAUAACCUGGAGAUAGAGCUGUUUGAUGAGGACCCAGACCAGGAUGAUUUCUUAGGAAGGUAAGUGAUAGAUCCUAAUCGUUUGGGAUCUUUCCUCAUCAUCAAAAUCACUUUAACAUCAAGCAUGACUUCUGCUGUAGCGCAUAAAGCUAUCAUGGAUCAGCCACUCUCUCCAAUGAACUCAAAGCAUGUGUAUAUUUCCCUUGCAGGUUAUUGAUAGAUGUCGCUGAACUUCAGAAUGAACAGAAGGUUGAUGAGGUAAUGUGUCUUUUUGUUUUAUGACUCCUUUCUUUCUCAAUGGAAACACUCAAUUGUAAACAUCUGUGAUCAUCCAACACACUGAAUUCCGUCUGUUCCAUUCCAGUGGUUUGUGUUGGAGGAAGUGGAGUCCGGAAAGCUGCACUUAAAACUGGAGUGGCUGUCUCUUCAUCCCACUCGUGAAAAGCUUGAUCAGGUAUUGCCUUUAUCUACACUGCUCAAAAAAAUUAAGGGAACACUUAAACAACACAAUGUAACUCCAAGUCAAUCACACUUCUGUGAAAUCAAACUGUCCACUUAGGAAGAAAUACUGAUUGACAAUACAUUUCACAUGCUGUUGUGCAAAUGGAAUAGACAACAGGUGGAAAUUAUAGGCAAUUAGCAAGACACCCCCAAUAAAGGACUGGUUUUGCAGGUGGUGACCACAGACCACUUCUCAGUUCCUAUGCUUCCUGGCUGAUGUUUUGGUCACUUUUGAAUGCUGGCGGAGCUUUCACUCUAGUGGUAGCAUGAGACGGAGUCUACAACCCACACAAGUGGCUCAGGUAGUGCAGCUCAUCCAGGAUGGCAAAUCAAUGCGAGCUGUGGCAAGAAGGUUUGCUGUGUCUGUCAGCGUAGUGUCCAGAGCAUGGAGGCGCUACCAGGAGACAGGCCAGUACAUCAGGAGACGUGGAGGAGGCCAUAGGAGGGCAACAACCCAGCAGCAAGACUGCUACCUCCGCCUUUGUGCAAGGAGGAGCAGGAGGAGCACUGCCAGAGCCCUGCAAAAUGACCUCCAGCAGGCCACAAAUGUGCAUGUGUCUGCUCAAACGGUCAGAAACAGACUCCAUGAGGAUGGUAUGAGGGCCCGACAUCCACAGGUGGGGGUUGUGCUUACAGCCCAACACCGUGCAGAACGUUUGGCAUUUGCCAGAGAACACCAAGAUUGGCAAAUUCGCCACUGGCGCCCUGUUAUCUUCACAGAUGAAAGCAGGUUCACACUGAGCACGUGACAGACGUGACAGAGUCUGGAGACGCCGUGGAGAACGUUCUGCUGCCUGCAACAUCCUCCAGCAUGACCGGUUUGGCGGUGGGUCAAUCAUGGUGUGGGGUGGCAUUUCUUUGGGGGGGCCGCACAGCCCUCCAUGUGCUCGCCAGAGGUAGCCUGACUGCCAUUAGGUACCGAGAUGAGAUCCUCAGACCCCUUGUGAGACCAUAUGCUGGUGCGGUUGGCCCUGGGUUCCUCCUAAUGCAAGACAAUGCUAGACCUCAUGUGGCUGGAGUGUGUCAGCAGUUCCUGCAAGAGGAAGGCAUUGAUGCUAUGGACUGGCCCGCCCGUUCCCCAGACCUGAAUCCAAUUGAGCACAUCUGGGACAUCAUGUCUCGCUCCAUCCACCAACGCCACGUUGCACCACAGACUGUCCAGGAGUUGGCGGAUGCUUUAGUCCAGGUCUGGGAGGAGAUCCCUCAGGAGACCAUCCGCCACCUCAUCAGGAGCAUGCCCAGGCGUUGUAGGGAGGUCAUACAGGCACGUGGAGGCCACACACACUACUGAGCCUCAUUUUGACCUGUUUUAAGGACAUUACAUCAAAGUUGGAUCAGCCUGUAGUGUGGUUUUCCACUUUAAUUUUGAGGGUGACUCCAAAUCCAGACCUCCAUGGGUUGAUAAAUUUGAUUUCCAUUGAUAAUUUGUGUGAUUUUGUUGUCAGCACAUUCAACUAUGUAAAGAAAAAAGUAUUUCAUAAGAUUAUUUCAUUCAUUCAGAUCUAGGAUGUGUUAUUUUAGUGUUCCCUUCAUUUUUUUGAGCAGUGUACUUUGCAUCCCAAAUUGCACCCCAUUCCCUAUAUAGUGCAAUACUUCUGACCAGGGCCCAUAGGGAGUAGGAUGCCAUUUGGGACACAGUUAGAUCAGUCUGUAUGUUAAUGGUUUUCAGUCCUUCAGCUUUAAGACACUUAACAUUAAUAGGUCUAAAUAUUCCUCCAUCCACUGGAGAAUGAGUGAGUAGAUUAAACUAUGUAGAUUACAGGGAUAAAUUGGGGAAUCCAAGAGGGAGUGCUCACCCUGUUUGAACUCUGUAGUUCUUAUUUAACAUCUGUACCAUUAGUCUACUCCACGAGAGGUUGGUGGCACCUUAAUAGGAGAGAACGGGCUCGUGGUAAUGACUGGAGCGGAAUUGCUGGAAUGGUAUCAAAUACAUCAAACACAUGGUUUCCAAGUGUUUGAUGCCAUUCCAUUUGCUCUGUUCCGGCCAUUGUUAUUUCCGCUCAUAGAUCCCUGUAACACCAAAUGCUGUGGGUUCGCGCCCCAAAUGGCACCCUAUUCCCUAUAUAGUCAAUUACUUUUGACCAGGGCCUAUAGGGCUUUGGUCAAAAGUAGUGCACCAAAUAGGGAAUAGGGUACCAUUUGGGUCACAACCUGUGUUUCUGCAGUCCAUUGUAUCAGUGCUGAUGAGACACAUUAUUCUAUGUUUGACCAACAUUACAGAUUGCUCCUAAUAUAUUGGACUAGUGUCCUGUCUAGGGGGAGUACAUCAAGCUGCCUCACACUACAGAAGCGCUACAGUAACUACUGUGGUAACUAUUUACUUUGGCUGUGUCCUCUCCCAGGUGCUGACCAGCAUCAAGGCUGAUAAAGGCCAGGCUAACGACGGCCUGUCGUCUGCCCUGCUGGUGGUCUUCCUGGACUCGGCAAGGAACCUUCCAGUAAGUCACUCUACCUGUGGUAAAGUCACAAGAAGAAUAGGAAAAACAUUGCUUUAUCUCCGCACAACUUCAUUGACCUGUUAGUUAUGAGAUGGCAAUGUCAAGUUUUCUGCUGGCCACAAAACAUGAGGCAUUAUUGUGCCUGUCUACUAGUCAUGAGACGGUAUGAACCACCCAGUUCACCCCAACUUCUCCCACCUUCCUCUUCCUCUGACCUCUUCCCUUCCCCCUCUCAUAAUAAUGUUAAUAUUCUCUACCUCUAUUCCCUCCAUCUCAACUAGUCCCUCACACUAAUAGUCUGCCAAAGGGAUACAUUAUUGUACCUGAAGCUUUCUUUCUAUAUCACCUGUGAAAUAACAUAAUUCAUUUUGGCUCUAUUUGCAUAGAUGCAUAGCAUAGGCAAACCCUGCUUCACGUUUCUCUUUUCAGACUCCUCUUCUUCUUUGGUUUCUUCUCUCUGUUUCCCUCCUCCUCUGAAGAGUGUGUUUGAGGGGAACUUGGGUUCUGGCUACUUAAGAGCGGAGAGCUUCGGGCCUAGUCUUUUGUGAGAAUACUGCCUCUCUCUAUAGGACCUAAUAUGUGAGUCCUCUGGCAUAUUGCAUCCUAGUUUUAUUUUGCCACAGUGUGAUUUUUUUGGUAACGAUGAUUGAAACAAGAAAGUAACCAAUAAGCAUGUUGAUUGUCAUAUGACGAAUUUCUGCACAAAUGAAGUUCUUGUAAAGAAAAUCAUUUUACAUUAAAAAUAUAGUGAUUUUGACAGUGAGGCUAUCAGUCAUGGUCAUAGAAUGAUGCCUUGUAUAAAAUAUAUUAACAAAAGAAAGAGGCUUGUUAGGGAGACCUCUCUGUGGAUUGCUUUCCCUCCAUCCCGCUCACCCAGCCAUUCCUAGCCCGUUGGUGAGUUGUUGCCUCAGCAACAAACACUCUCUCACUAGAGGGCAGCAUUGUAUCAUGGGACUCUCACCCAGUCUCUCUUAAAUUCCAGACAUAACUAGUGAUCUCAGAGCAUCUCCCAACUCCAAUAUCCUCUAACACACCCCUCCCAAAUCAAAUAAAACCACAGUACUUAGUCUAAAAGCCUUUAAACUCAGCCUGUCAUCAUUGACAUUACUUAUCAAGACAUGUUAACCAGUGGUGGCUGGUACCACUUUAAAUCGGAGAAUGGGCGCAUUGUAAUGGAUGGAGUGGAAUAAAUGGAAUGUUACCGAACACUUUGAACACAUGGUUUCCACCAUUACUAUGAGCCGUCCUCACCUCACCAGCCACCAUUGAUGCUAACUAUGCUCCAGAGAUGUGUAGUCGACAACAAGAAUGUCAUUUUUAACAACACAAAAUGAAUAGGUAAUAUGAUACAGAAUGCAAGGAUAUUAUGCAAAGUACUGAAUGCAAUGCUUCACUCUGGAUUAACAUUAUUAUUAAUUUGUACUGUAGAUUAAUUUGUUGCUAGAAGUGAUGUCUGUGUUGUAUGAAAGUACUCAUCAAGAGAUUGACUUUACUCCAUUUACCCAUCAAGAGAUAGUACAGUAUCUGGAAUGACAUAGAUGUACACUAAACAAAAAUAAACGCAACAUGCAUUACAGUUCAUAUAAAGGAAAUUAGUAAAUUGAAAUAAAUGAAUUAGGCCCUAAUCUAUGGAUUUUACAUGACUGGGAAUACAAAUAUGGGGUGUGGAUCAGAAAAAGCAGUCAGUAUCUAGUGUGACCACCAUUUGCCUCAUGCAGCGCGACACAUCUCCUUCGCAUAGAGUUGAUCAGGCUGUUGAUUAUGGCCUGUGGAAUGUUGUCCCACUCCUCUUCAGUGGCUGUGCGAAGUUGCUUGACAGGAACUGGAACACACUGUCGUACACGUCGAUCCAGAGCAUCCCAAACAUGCUCAAUGGGUGACAUGGUGAGUAUGUUGGCCAUUGACGAACUGGGACAUUUUCAGCUUCCAGGAAUUGUGUACAGAUCCUUGCGAAAUAGGGCUGUGCAUUAUCAUGCUGAAACAUGCGGUGAUGGCGGCGGAUGAAUGGCACGACAAUGGGCCUCUGGAUCUCGUCACGGUAUCUCUGUGCAUUGAUAUUGCCAUCGAUAAAAUGCAAUUGUGUCCGUUGUCUGUAGCUUAUGCCUGCCCAUACCAUAACCCAACCGCCACCAUGGGGCACUGUUCACAAUGUUGUCAGCAAACCGCUCAAGACCCUGGUGAGGACGACGAGCACGUAGAUGAGCUUCCCUGAAACGGUUGCUGACAGUUUUCGCAGAAAUUAUUUGGUUGUGUAAACCCACAGUUUCAUCAGAUGUCCGGGUGGCUGGUCUCAGACGAUCCCGCAGGUGAAGAAGCCGGAUGUGGAGGUCCUGGCCUGGCGUGGUUACACGUGGUCUGCUGUUGUGAGGCCAGUCGGACAUACUGCCAGAUUCUCUAAAACAACGUUUCAUGGUAGAGAAAUAAACAUACAAUUCUCUGGCAACAACUCUGGUGGACAUUCCUGCAGUCAGCAUGCCAAUUGCACGCUCCCUAGAAACUUGAGACAUCUGUGGCAUUGUGUUGUGUGACAAAACUGCACAUUUUAGAGUGGCCUUUUAUUGUCCCCAGCACAAGGUGCACCUGGGUAAUGAUCAUGCUGUUUAAUCAGCUUCUUGAUAUGCCACACCUGUCAGGUGGAUGGAUUAUCUUGGCAAAGGAGAAAUGCUCACAAACAGGGAUGUAAACACAUUUGUGCACAACAUUUGAGAGAAAUAAGCUUUUUUAUGCUUAUGGAAAUGUUCUGUGAUCUUUUAUUUCAGCUCAUGAAACAUGGGACCAACACUUUUUAUAUGUUGUUUAUAUUUUUGCUCAGUGUACAUACAAAACACCAUAAAUAUCCCCAUUUAGGGUUGCAAAAUUCCUCCAUCUGGGAUUUCUAGAAAACUUAGAAAUGUUGAAAGUUACCAGAAUUUUGCAGCCUACCCCAAUUAUUACACUCUUUUCACAAAGACCAUCUCACUCCUGUCACUGGACUGCUUUGUCAGUGUUGGAAUGGUCCUUCUGUUUUCUCUAUAUUGUAUGCUCCUCUUAAUCUCCCAUAAUGAUUUUCCUGGGUAUGUCACUGUCAAUACUCUUCGUGAUUAAUUUGGGGAACCUCUAUUCAUUAACCUUGCGUUCAUCAUGUUGUUUUUGUGUCUCUGUCUGUCUCUACCUGUUGUCCUGGUUUUGGUGUGGUCAGGUGUGUGGCCUUCAUCGUCGCUCCUUCCAUGAUUUAACCACCUCCUCCUCCUCUUGCAUGCCCUCUCCUAAUAACUAACCUAGUGUGUUCAUUCUCUCAUGCCUUGGGGAAAAAGCGCAAUCCUUUAGAAUUCAACCAUGACGGUUUGAAGUAGGCCUCAGUCAGUAAGGCCAUCAAGGUAAUGUAACAACAGUGCAUGCAGAGCUAGCCAGACAGACACACUGAGGAAGACUAGAGGCCAAGUUUGAAUACCUUAAAAAGCACCCUUCCCGUAACACAGGAAGCGAUGGAGUCGAAGCUAUGUUUUCAUCUGUCCACUCACAGAUGCAUUCUUAAGGUAUUCUAACAGGGCCUAGACACACACUGCAAUUAGCCCUGUGACCAGAGAAUAACACUUUAGUAGGGGAACCAAAUACAGUACCAUGCUGUAGGCUAUGUGCGUUAUCCGUUAGGACAUUUAGUAUUGAUCAGUUGAUACUCGUUUCCUGAAUACAAAUCUGUUGAUUAUUAAGUAGUAAGCAAUUUGUGAAAGUGGAAAGCAAUUCAGUUGACUAGACUAGCAUAAACUUUAUUGACUGAUUAUAUCCCAGUGAGGAGUAUUGCUUACAAGUUGUUUCCCACCCAUGUAUUCCUACAGGACUGCUGCUGGAGCAUUCAAAAUGCCUUGCCAGUUGAUUUGGGUUCCUUGUUUUGUGUUAUUAAUUAACAAACCCCAAACUGUACUAAUUGUGUUUGUGGACUAAAACUGCCUUCCAUGCACCAUAUUCUAAUAUUCUGAUGAUGUACGUAACAACUGUGUUGUAUGAGAUAAUUAACACCCCAAGAAAAUCUAUCUUUAUAUAAGUGUUUCCUCUCUCUUCCAAUUUCAACUCUAUUUCCUGGUGUUAUGGGUUUUUUCUAUAGACAAUUAUGUAACUACACUACUUACUUCCUGAUCUCAAGUUUGUAUGCUGCCAUAUUGAGCCAAUGAGGGAUGAAUAUGGGGCCUUAUAUCAGGCCACAUAAUUCGUUUUUAAUAUUAACAGAAACUUUAUUUCAGAAAUAUAGAACAAUUUUAUAAUUCAACCAUUCUAAAUUUGGGAUGCUCCAUAAUUAAAUAAAUUAAGUUAAUCGAUAUUUAAACAUGUGUAUAUUAAAUAUGAUGAGACAAGGAUAGGGUGAUAAAGUAGUACCGAUUAAGUUAACAUCUCACAGUUCAAAAGGUUAUUCUGUGUUUUUAUACCUGUUCUUUACAUUUCAGUCUGGUAAAAAAGUGAUCAACAUCCCGAAUCCUUUUGUCCAAUUCACAGUCGGGCACAAAACAUACGACAGCAAGGUAAGCCAACAGACCAUGUUUCUUAGUCUAUAUAGUUCCCAUAUAUUUGUAUAUUAUAUAAACAACAUACUGCAAUGCCAUGUGAAUAGCAUAUUCCUGGUCGUUUUCACUGCCUCUAACAUGGUCCUUCCCCAACCAGACAAGGUAUAAGACCAACGAGCCUGUAUGGGAGGAGGCCUUCCCUUUCCUCAUCCACAACCCAAAAAUCCAAGAGCUGAAGAUUGAGGUAAGGGUUGUAGGCAUGCUUUUCCUACUGAGUGACCUCAAAUUGUUUCCCAUUUAAUUUGACCUCUAUGGCUAUACACUUAAAAUUUUAGUCAUUUAGCAGAUGCUCUUAUCCAGAGCGACUUACAGUUAGUGCAUUAAUCUUAAGAUAGCUAGGUGGGAAAAUAUCACAGGCAUAGAAAGUGCAAGUGCUGGUUCAGGUUUUAUUUUAUUUUUGGGGGGAGUGGUCGAGGUGAGGAGGAGGAUUAUUUAAGACACUGUUUUCAGAUGUUUUUGGAAGAUGGGUAGGAACUCUGCUCUCCUAGCUUCAGAGUGAAGCUGGUUCCACCAGUGGGGUGCCAGGACAGAGAAGAGCUUGGACUGGGCUGAGCGGGAGGGCCAAGAGACCUGAGGUGGCAGAACGUGUGCUCGGGUUGGGGUGUAGGGUUUGAGCAUAGCCAGAAGGGAGGGAGGGGCAUUUCCUCUUGCUGUUCCGUAGGUAAGCACCAUGGUCUUGUAGCGGAUGCGAGCGUCAACUGGAAGCCAGUGGAGUGUGCGGAGGAGCGGGGUGACAUGAGAGAACUUGGGAAGGUUGAAAACCAGGUGGGCUGCAGCGUUCUGGAUAAGUUGCAAGGGUUUGAUGUCACAAGCGGGGAGCCCAGCCAAAAGCGAGUUUCAGUAGUCCAGACGACAGAUGACAAGUGCCUGGAUUAGGACCUGCGCCGCAUCCUGUGUGAGGUAGGGUCGUACUCUACGGAUGUUGUAGAGCAUGAACCUGCAGGAACGAGUCACUGCUUUGAUGUUUGCAGAGAACGACAGGGUGCUGUCCAGGGUCAAGCCAAGGUUCUUUGCACUCUGGGAGGGUGACACUGGAGUUGUCAACCGUGAUGGAGAGGUCUUUGAGCGGGCAGGCCUUCCCCGGGAGGAAGAGCAGCUCCAUCUUGUCAAGGUUGAGCUUGAGGUGGUGGCCCGACAUCCAAGUUGAGAUAUCUGCCAGGCACGCAGAAAUGCGUGUCGCCACUUGGGUGUCAGAAAGUGGGGAAGGAGCAAAGUAGUUGAGUGUCAGCCGCAUAGCAAUGAUAGGAGAGACCAUGUGAGGAUAUAACAGAGCCGAGUGACUUGAUGUAUAGAGAAAAGAGGAGAGGGCCUAGAACCAAGCCCUGGGGGACACCAGGAGUGAGCGUAAGUGGUGCAGACACAGAUCCUCUCCACGUCACCUGGUAGAAGCGGCCUGCCAGGUAGGAUACAAUUCAAGAGUGUGCAGAGCCCGAGACGCCCAGCCCUGAGAGGGUGGAGAGGAGGAUCUGAUGGUUCACGGUUUCGAAGGCAGCGGAUAGAUCUAGGAGGAUGAGAACAGAGGAGAGAGAGUCAGCAUUGGCAGUGCGGAGAGCCUCCGUUACACAGAAGAGUAGUCUCUGUUGAGUGACCCGUCUUGAAGCCUGACUGGUUAGGGUCAAGAAGAUUGUUCAGAGAGAUAACGAGAAAGUUGAUCAGAGUCAGCAUGCUCAAUUAUUUUGGAAAAAAAACAAGGGGUACAGGUCUAUAGUUUUUGACAUCAGAUGAGUUGAGUGUUGGAUUGUCAGGGCGGCCAGACCUCACUAGUUGCAGGAUUUCAUCUGGAGAGAGAGGGGAGAAAGAGGUCAAGGCGUAGGGUAGUUAUGUGUGAGUGAGACCAGUGGACUCAAUAGGCUGAGUAAAUGAGUAGCGGAUGUCUUCAACCACCUUUUCAAAGUGGUUGACAAAGUUGCCCGCAGAGAGAGAGGAGGGGGUGGAGGAUUAAGGAGGUAGGAGGAGAAGGUUUUAGAGUGGUAGAAAGUGGCUUUAGCAGCGGAUACAGAGGAAGAGAGGAGGGAGCUGUAAGCUCACAAUGCCACGGAGCAGGAGGGGAGGGCCGAGCCAGCCGGGAGGAAGGAAGGAAAGGGGACGGUGUGAGUCAGGAUGCGGAAAUGGCGGAGAGUAGAGUCGAAGAGGCAGAAUCAGGAGACAGAAUCAGGAGACAGGAGGGAGAAGGAUUUAGCAGAAGGAAGAAAUUAUAGGAGAGGGUAGUGGGAGAGAGAGAGCGAAGAUUGUGACGGUGCAUGACAAUGGGUAGGGGCUGAGUGGUUAGGGUUGGAGACAGAAAAGGAAACAAGGUAGUGAUCAGAGACCUGGAGGGGGGUUGCAGUGAGAUUUGUAGGCGAGCAGCCUCUAGUAAAGAUGAGGUCAAGCAUAUUGCCUGCCUUGUGAGUUGGAGUGGAUUGGGAAAGGGUGAGGUCAAAAGAGGCAAGGAGGGGAAAGAGAGAGUUGGAAAGAAAUGAAUCGAAGGCAGACAUCGGGAGGUUGAAGUCGCCAAGUACGAAGAGCGGUGAGCCAUCGUCAGGAAAUGAGCUUAUCAAGGUUUCAAACUCAUUGAGGAACUCUCCAAGGGUACCUGGUGGGCGAUAGAUGACAAUAAUGUUAAGCUCGAGUGGACAAGUGACAGUGACAGCAUGGAAUUCAAAUGAGGAGAUGGACAGGUGAGAGAGGGAGAAAAUAGAAAAUCUACACUUAGUAGAAAUGAGUAGACCUGUGCCACCACCGCGACAAUCAAAUGCGAUUAGACUAUGAGAGAAAACGUAGUCAGAUGAAGAAAGAGAAGCUGGAGUAGCAGUGUUCUCUGGGGUGAUCCAUGUCUCUGUCAGGGCCAAAGAGUCAAGGGACUGGGCAGCAUAGGCUGAGAUGAACUCUGCGUUCUUGACUGCAGAUUGGCAGUACCAAAUGCUGCCAGAGACCCGGAAUUCCACAUGGGUUGUGCGCGCAGGGUACACUAAAUUAGAAGGGUUGCAGCCAAGGGGUGGGAAGCGUCUGUAAAGCCUACAGGGAGAUGAGCGAACAGGUAUAGAAAACACACACAUAGUUGCCAAAGCUACAAAAGAGCAAAAUGAGAUCAUAAGAAAAUAACUAGGUAAGAUAUUAAAGUGAGAGAGUGGUGUGGAGCCUUCCUCUUUACUUCUUCGAAGAACUCGUCAGAACAGUCUUUGUUUCGGUGACGGUCUUAGUUUUGCGACAAAACCGCCACUGACACGACCGCCGCUUACAGCUGCCACUGAGAAACCAGGGGAGACUGAAGUACUAGCACUAACUGCCUAGCAGCGGUGGAGAGCACACCUCCCUGUACUAAUUGCUGAUUGCCUAGGAGAGGUGAAACCACUCUCCCUCCAUACAGCCACUUACUAAAACUUAAACAAGUCACAAAUUGCCCUGCUCCUUAAUCCUGGUUGAUGUGUCAACAGCUAUCUGCAAAAUGAUGAACAGUCAGCAGUUCACACACCAAGUAGGCCACUGGGAAGACAGGUGUGGCCUUACAUCUGAUUUUGACAAAAGUGGGAUUAUAGUGGAGACUUUGGCAUCCCAAAUGACACCUUAUUCCAUAUUUAGUGCACUCUAUGCUAAUAGUGCUCUUGUCAAAUGUAGUGCACUAAAUAGGGAGUAUUUGUGAUGCACACUAUGGCUAUAGUAUGGCUUUACAGAUGAUUUAGUGUGAUUAUGGUGUGGGAUUUAGCGGAUUUUGUCUACUGGUUUAGCAAUGCAUGAAAAUACUGGUUUGCAGGAAUUUACUAAACUCAGCAUAUCUAUGAAAUUCGGGGUGCACGGAGCAUGAGAGGGAAUUUCCCAGCUUUUAGUGUCCGGGUCUAUAAAUUCCAGCUACUGUCGUACCUGUACACAGCCUAUUUGUAAGUGCACUAGAGUUUACAGUAACUUGACACCUGGUAAACUUCCGCUUUCAUAUAUAAAAAAAAAAAUGUAUGUCCCCCCUCAGGUAAAGGAUGAGAAACAUGCUUGUUCCCUGGGGACUCUGAGCCUGCCCCUAGCCCGUCUCCUAGAGGCUGAGGACAUGACGCUGCACCAGCGCUUCGAUCUCAAGAGCUCUGGGCCUAGCUCCACCCUCAAGAUGAAGAUGGCACUGAGGGUAAGGGUCCAUGAGUGUCUGAAUAGGGCUCUUUUAGUCAUGCACAUUUGUCUGUGUCCCAAAUAGCUCCCUAGUGGUUCCUCAAUAAAAAGUUGCGUAAUACUGCAGUAUAGCGUGGUACGGCACGGUGUGUUACAGUGCUUACCGUUAAUGCUCGUUCGAACAACCAGAGGGCAGCUUUGAGCACAUCUACUCCAUGUAUUGAUCUGGGCAUUUGAAGCCGAGCAGAGAUCAUCAUGCCAUGCAAUUGUGAAUACAUUUCAUGAUUAAAAUGUAAUUCUAUAUUUAAUUGUAAGCACACAUCCGUUAAUACAAUCUGUGUUUGCUUCUUUGCUUACAUUAUUUGACUGCUGCAGUUUGAGAGUAUAUAUAAAAAAGAAAAUAAGUGUUACAGUAGUCUAUGUAGGCCUAUAGCCUACUGCACCUACAGUGACUUGCAAAAGUAUUCACCCCCCUUGGCAUUUUUCCUAUUUUGUUGCCUUACAACCUGGAAUUAAAAUGGAUUUUUUGGGGUUUUGUAUCAUUUGAUUUACACAACAUGCCUACCACUUUGAAGAUGCAAAAUAUUUUUUAUUGUGAAACAAACAAGAAAUAAGACCAAAAAACAGAACUUCAGCGUGCAUAACUACUCACCCCCCCCAAAGUCAAUACUAUGUAGAGCCACCUUUUGCAGCAAUUACAGCUGCAAGUCUCUUGGGGUAUGUCUCUAUAAGCUUGGCACAUCUAGCCACUGGGAUUUUUGCCCAUUCUUCAAGGCAAAACUGCUCCAGCUCCUUCAAGUUGAAUUGGUUCCGCUGGUGUACCGCAAUCUUUAAGUCAUACCACAGAUUCUCAAUUGGAUUGAGGUCUGGGCUUUGACUAGGCCAUUCCAAGGCAUUUCAAUGUUUCCCCUUAAACAACUCGAGUAUAGCUUUAGCACUAUGCUUAGGGUCAUUGUCCUGCUGGAAGGUGAACCUCCGUCCCAGUCUCAAAUCUCUGGAAGACUGAAACAGGUUUCCCUCAAGAAUUUCCCUGUAUUUAGCGCCAUCCAUCAUUCCUUCAAUUCUGACCAGUUUCCCAGUCCCUGCCGAUGAAAAACAUUCCCACAGCAUGAUGCUGCCACCACCAUGCUUCACUGUGGGGAUGGUGUUCUCGGGGUGAUGAGAGGUAUUGGGUUUGCGCCAGACAUGGUGUUUUACUUGAUGGACAAAAAGCUCAAUUUUAGUCUCAUCUGACCAGAGUACCUUCUUCCAUAUGUUUGGGGAGUCUCCCACAUGCCUUUUGGCGAACACCAAACGUGUUCGCUUAUUUUUGUCUUUAAGCAAUAGAUUUUUUACUGGCCACUCCGUAAAGCCCAGCUCCGUGGAGUGUACGGCUUAAAAUGGUCCUAUGGACAAAUACUCCAAUCUCCGCUGUGGAGCUUUGCAGCUCCUUCAGGGUUAUCUUUGGUCUCUUUGUUGCCUCUCUGAUUAAUGCCCUCCUUGCCUGGUCCAUGAGUUUUGGUGGGCGGCCCUCUCUUGGCAGGUUUGUUGUGGUGCCAUAUUCUUUCAAUUUUUUAAUAAUGGAUUUAAUGGUGCUCCGUGGGAUGUUCAAGGUUUCUGAUAUUUUUUUAUAACCCAACCCUGAUCUGUACUUCCCCACAACUUUGGCCCUGACCUGUUUGGAGAGCUCCUUGGUCUUCAUGGUGCCGCUUGCUUGGUGGUGCCCCUUGCUUAGUGGUGUUGCAGACUCUGGGGACUUUCAGAACAGGUGUAUAUAUACUGAGAUCAUGUGACACUUAGAUUGCACACAGGUGGACUUUAUUUAACUAAUUAUGUGACUUCUGAAGGUAAUUGGUUGCACCAGAUCUUAUUUAGGGGCUUCAUAGCAAAGGGGGUGAAUACAUGCAGUGGGGAGAACAAGUAUUUGAUACACUGCCGAUUUUGCAGGUUUUCCUACUUACAAAGUAUGUAGAGGUCUGUAAUUUUUAACAUAGGUACACUUCAACUGUGAGAGACGAAAUCUAAAACAAAAAUCCAGCAAAUCACAUUGUAUGAUUUCAAGUAAUUAAUUUGCAUUUUAUUGCAUGACAUUUUAUUGUUCUCCCCACUGUAUGCACGCACCACUUUUCCGUUAUUUACCUUUUAGAAUUCUUUGAAACAAGUUAUUUUUCAUUUCAUUUCACCAAUUUGGACUAUUUUGUGUAUGUCCAUUACAUGAAAUCCAAAUAAAAAUCCAUUUAAAUUACAGGUUGUAAUGGAACAAAAUAGGAAAAAUGCCAAACGGGAUGAAUACUUUUGCAAGGCACUGUAAAACAUCCGUUAAUAUAAGUCCUUCAAAAAUAGAAAUAUGGGCAGAAUAUUGUAUGAAAUACUCGGAUGGUUAAAGGCCGAUAUUUGGUCGUUUUCAAUUAAAUCUGGUAAUUUCAAUUUAAAUGUGACUUGUUCCAUUCGCCAUUUUCUUGUUGAUAUUAUAUCCUUGCCUUUAUUUACGAUUAUUUUCGUUAUAAAGAAUGUAUUUUCUUCCAGGAGAACAACAGCCAUUAACACCAACCUCAGCCAGUUUCGGCUGGCUUUGUCCAAUUUAAUUGCUCAUCAAGGUGUGAACUGUGACCAAUGUCCAUCACUGUAAACCCAGUACUGUAUUCUAAAAAUUAAAACACAGCAUCUUCAGUAGUAUAAAUAUAUGAUCUAAUUAGAUUUGUAAAAAAGACUUUCAAAAUGCUGAUGUUUAUUAGGCUACGGUACAGUGUGACAAAAAAUAACAGGAAAAUGAGAUUUGACAAAUGCAUGGAUUGUGACUCCAUCUCGUCCCUCGCCCUCUUCGACGCGUCAUUCUUCCCCUGACUCCGCCAAUGCGGCCUGACUAUGGACCAAUGCAUCAGCGGUUGCCCGUAUCUCUGCCCUCUGAGAAUUUCUCUUUCUGCUGGUCUGCCUUCAAUGACUCGAAUAACUACAAGUAGAUCUACUGAUUUGAACCCAAUCAAACUUGUUUGGCAUCAACUGAAAACAAUUAUCCGUAGCUCUGCCAAGCCUACAAGCAAAGAUGAACAUGUAAAUGCCAUCAAGGCUAAUGUGGCUAAUUGAUUACCGGUAUUCAUCCUGUAUCGCACUAAUGUAAAGUGUGAAAAACGAUAAUACUGUUAGUUUGCCUGGUUGAGUGGAUGAGCUGAACUCUUCAGAACCAUCGGCAAAGUUCCUAUUGAAGGCUUAGCCUAUUUAGAAGUCUAUUUUGCAGCAUAAAGCUAUAUUUGUUAUUUGUCACACUGUAUCAAGAGAACAGAAGAUAAAUUCUGGUUUCAAUGGUAUAUGAGGAAGCGUUAAUACAUUUAUUCCCUCAACGUUUGUAUGGUCGGAUUUUAGUCAGGCUAUCGAAGCAAGGUAAGAAAUGCCUGAUUUAAGUCUAUAUGAAGUAAAACAUCCAGAUUUCAAACAUUUUAUUAUGGUUUAUGUUCUCUCCCAGCUUCAUGGUUUGAAAGAUGUGUGUAAUUUAAUUCCAUAUACAGUGGGGGAGAAAAAAGUAUUUAGUCAGCCACCAAUUAUGCAAGUUCUCCCACUUAAAAAGAUGAGAGAGGCCUGUAAUUUUCAUCAUAGGUACACGUCAACUGUGACAGCCAAAUUGAGAUUUUUUUUUUCUCCAGAAAAUCACAUUGUAGGAUUUUUAAUGAAUUUAUUUGCAAAUUAUGUUGGAAAAUAAGUAUUUGGUCACCUACAAACAAGCAAGAUUUCUGGCUCUCACAGACCUGUAACUUCUUCUUUAAGAGGCUCCUCUGUCCUCCACUUGUUACCUGUAUUAAUGGCACCUGUUUGAACUUGUUAUCAGUAUAAAAGACACCUGUCCACAACCUCAAACAGUCACACUCCAAACUCCACUGAAGAAAUCAACUGUGGGAGCAAUUAUUGACUAAAUACUUUUUUCCCCCCACUGUAAUAGGCCUACAGUAGGCAUUCCAAUGAGUUGGGUCCGGGGCUGUUGGAUCCGAAUCUGUUGUGUUUAUACCCAGCUUAAACAACACAUUCUUUCUGAUUGUCUUUAUGCAGUCUCUCUCCUCGUGCUACAGCUCAUGUCGUGUGAAUUAUUAUGUGGAUUAUAAUACAUUGACAUAUUUGUAGGGGGUUGAUACAUAUUUCGUUGGGGCAAAUCAGGUCUGUGAUUCUGACUCUCUGCCAAUGCGGCCUGGUACUCCGUCAAUGCCGCAAUUUUCUCUGCCCUCAGAAAUGUUUUCUCUUUCUGCUGGUUUACCUUCAAUGGCUCGAUCUCGGUCUUCAAAGUUUGAAUCUAUUCCAUGUGCACUUUCAUCAGAUGAGCAGAAUGGUACCGCCCUGUGCCCAUAAUAUUUGCUAAACUAAAGACUUUAAAACCUUUUUUUGUUAGAACAGACUAUCUGGGAUUGAUUAUAAUUAGUUAGUAAAUUAUUUUAGUGUUUGUUUUUUACACCGUUCCAAAUGGUCAGAAAAAUAUUGUAAUCUAACAGGACCUGUUUGACAUGCAUAUUGUAAUAAGCACGUAGCGCUCGCUUUUCCUACCAUCCUUCUUCAUCUCCUUUUAUAUUAUAAUACACUAAAGAUCCUAAGCUAAGAUCCUAAGAGGGGAAUUGCAUUAAAUCAAAUUAUUAAUUUCCAAUGAUUUGCCGUCCAUAAAGACAGUGGUGUAAAAAUACUUGAAAGUACUACUUAAGUAGUUUUUUGACGUAUCUGUACUUUACUUUACUACUUUUACUUCACUACAUUCCUAAAGAAAAUUAUAUACUUUUUACUCCAUACAUUUUCCCUGACACCCAAAAGUACUUGUUACAUUUUGAAUGCUUAGCAGGACAGGAAAAUGGUCCAAUUCACACACACACAAGAGAACAUCCCUACUGCCUCUUGUCUGGCGGACUCACUAAACACAAAUGCUUCAUUUGUAAAUGAUGUCUGAGUGUGCCCCUAGCUAUCCGUAAAUAAAAAUAAAUAAAACAUUGUGCCAUCUGGUUUGCUUAAUAUAAGGAAUUUUUAAUGAGUUAUACUUGUACUUGUACUUUGGAUACUUAUGUAUAUUUUAGCAAUUACAUUUACUUUGAUACUUAAGUAUAUUUAAAACCAAAUACUUUUAGGCUUUUACUCAGUAGUAUUUUAUUGGGUGACUUUGUCUUUUACUUGAGUCAUUUUCUAUUAAGGUAUCUUUACUUUUAUUCAAGUAUGACAAUUGGGUACUUUUUCCACCACUGCGUAAAUACGGGGUGCCGCUAGUUAAUAUAUAUUUAUCAUGCAUUCCUGAUUGGACAUGUUAGAUGAAACAACUUGAGUUGAGAAUAUUGGUAUAUCCAGACACCAAAAAGCUGAACAGAUAAACAUAUUUUUGAUUUGCAGGAGGGGGGAAUUGCAUUAAAUCUAAUUAUUAAUUUCCAAUGAUUUACCACCCGUAAGGACGGGGUGCCGCUAGUUGUUAUUACAUUAAUUGUUAUUAUUACCAUUAAUAAUAAGUAAUGUCAUUAUUAUUAUUAGUAGGCUUAGUAGACUUAAAUAAAUCAUUGCAUAUAACCAUGAGGCGCCUUCUUUCUUCAAUAUAAUCAUUCAUUCAUCACGUUAAAACCAAUAUGAACGCUGCGCGUGCUCCUACCCUCACUCAGAUAAUAAUAACAAUAAUAAUAAUAUGCCAUUUAGCAGACGCUUUUAUCCAAAGAGAAUUACAGUCAUGCGUGCAUACAUUUUUUGUGUAUGGGUGGUCCCGGGGAUCGAACCCACUACCUUGACGUUACAAGCGCCGUGCUCUACCAGCUGAGCUACAGAGGACCAGAUGACUGACCACAGUAUCUAUCGGUAGCCUAAACUGUAGCACAAAUUUUUUUUGCACACCUAGCCGAGCUAUUAGACUGUCCUUUUGUAAAUUAAUGGAGGUGUGAAUGUUUCUGUCCGAGAGUCUCUCUCCUCUCGCACUAGAGUCCUGCAUCAGGCAAAAAAAUCAGCUGGUGGGUGGUCCCGGAGUUGAGCUUAUAUUCGGUUCUGGGAGUUGUUUAUUUAAGUUUCAAUUAAACUAUUUUAUUAUCUAAACAAUAUUAAAUGUAAAUAUUUUGUUUUGUUAUAUCGGCUAUAGGCUUUCAUUAGUUUAUUAGAAGGCUAUUUUAAAGCGAUUUUGAGUUGUCAAUGUGCCUCAAUGCGUUGUGAAAAAGAUAAUUUCAUGGCAUGGUUUCUUUUUAUCCAAAUGUUGAAUAGACAUGCAGACAAAUUGAUUCAUGCAGGAAAAGAGGAAUAAUAGCCUACUGUAAACAAUUAGGCUAAAUCAAUCAAUGUUAUUUUGUUGGGUAACUGGUCGGCUUUUGAAACACAUAAGAGGCGGCGCCUUUUUUCAAUAUAAUCACUCAUUCGCAACACGCAUCUGAUUAUUCAUAAUGAAUAGGAUUUAUUUGAUUUAAUUCGUUUACAUACUUCAUUGUAACCACAAAGUCACACACAAUUGAACAAACACACACAACAUGAGCAGAUUAACUUGGUCAAAAAUGUUCUUUAUUAAAGACAAUCAGAAAGAAUGUGUCAGUACUUAUUUAUUUUGAACCAAAGCCUCGAAUGAGCGAGUCACUCAGCUUUAUGCUGACAAAUGUCGUUUUAUGCUGCAAAAUUAACUACUAAAUAGGCCAAGCCUAAACAAAAUUGCGUAAAUAAAAUAAACUAGUAAAUGUAAUAAAUAAAUUAAAUACCGCAGGUCUUGAAAAUAUGGGCAACCUUUUUUUCUUCUGUAUCCACAAUGUGCAUUUUUAUGGAAAUCUAUUACAGUAAGGUACUGUACUUAAUUGUUACCCUGAAAUGAUUUGAAAUUGAUAUAAAAAAGGUUGCAUUGGGCCUUUUAACCUGAAUGCAAUUAUUUAAAAUAUUGCUUUAGAUUCAAAUAUACUACACAUUCUUCAAGUGGAGUGUCUCAUAUCAUUAUGUUUUAUCCUCUCCAACCUCUAUGUCCCACUUGUGCAGGUUCUGUGUCAGGAGAAGUUAAUAGCGUCCGACCAGACGUCCUCGGUGCAAGUUCGUAAGACCAGCACUAGUAACCCCAUCCCCAUGAAGAGCUUGCCAGUCUCCAAACCCCCCAACCCUGACCCUGUCUCAGACCUCUCACGCUCUGUGGCCGCCUCGACCCAGGAGCUCCACAGGAGAGAGGGGGAUGGCGAGCCCUACUCAGGGGGCCCGGUAGGCAUCAGCCUGGCCGACGCAGGCAGGAGCACCCCCAACCUGGCCAUCUCUGGCUCACACAAACACCUGGCCCACUUUGGGUCAACAGUCAGUAUCGCCUCGGACAUCUCCAACCCGUACGCCACACAGGAGCUCCAGCAGAGGCUGAGAGAGUUGCAGAAGUAAGUACGCACAAAUACAUUGAUACAUCCACAUACAUGUCAUAGACUGUUCAAUCUGCUACCGCACGGCAAGCAAAGUCUGGAACCAACAGCACCCUGAACAGCUUCUACCCCCAAUCCAUAAGACUGCUAAAUAGUUAGUCCGGGUAGCUAUUUGGUUAUCUGCAUUGACCCCCUUUUGCACUCUCUUUUGACUCUGUUGCCUAGUCACUUUACCCCUACCUAUAUGUACGUGUUGUGUUACCUCAAUUACCUCGUACCCCUGCACAUCGACUCGGAACUGGUACCCCGUGUAUAUAGUCAAGUUAUCAUUACUCAUUGUAUUUAUUCCUUGUGUUUAUUAUUAUUAUUUUUAAAUCUCUCUGCAUUGUUGGCAAGGGCCCGUAAGUAAGCAUUUCACUGUUAAUCUACAGUGGGGAAAAAAAGUAUUUAGUCAGCCACCAAAGUUUUCCCACUUAAAAAGAUGAGAGAGGCCUGUAAUUUUCAUCAUAGGUACACGUCAACUAUGACAGACAAAUUGAGAAUUUUUUUCUCCAGAAAAUCACAUUGUAGGAUUUUUUAUGAAUUUAUUUGCAAAUUAUGGUGGAAAAUAAGUAUUUGGUCACCUACAAACAAGCAAGAUUUCUGGCUCUCACAGACCUGUAACUUCUUUAAGAGGCUCCUCUGUCCUCCACUCGUUACCUGUAUUAAUGGCACCUGUUUGAACUUGUUAUCAGUAUAAAAGACACCUGUCCACAACCUCAAACAGUCACACUCCAAACUCCACUAUGGCCAAGACCAAAGAGCUGUCAAAGGACACCAGAAACAAAAUUGUAGACCUGCACCAGGCUGGGAAGACUGAAUCUGCAAUAGGUAAGCAGCUUGGUUUGAAGAAAUCAACUGUGGGAGCAAUUAUUAGGAAAUGGAAGACAUACAAGACCACUGAUAAUCUCCCUCGAUCUGGGGCUCCACGCAAGAUCUCACCCCGUGGGGUCAAAAUGAUCACAAGAACGGUGAGCAAAAAUCCCAGAACCACACGGGGGGACCUAGUGAAUGACCUGCAGAGAGCUGGGACCAAAGUAACAAAGCCUACCAUCAGUAACACACUACGCCGCCAGGGACUCAAAUCCUGCAGUGCCAGACGUGUCCCCCUGCUUAAGCCAGUACAUGUCCAGGCCCGUCUGAAGUUUGCUAGAGUGCAUUUGGAUGAUCCAGAAGAGGAUUGGGAGAAUGUCAUAUGGUCAGAUGAAACCAAAAUAGAACUUUUUGGUAAAAACUCAACUCGUCGUGUUUGGAGGACAAAGAAUGCUGAGUUGCAUCCAAAGAACACCAUACCUACUGUGAAGCAUGGGGGUGGAAACAUCAUGCUUUGGGGCUGUUUUUCUGCAAAGGGACCAGGACGACUGAUCCGUGUAAAGGAAAGAAUGAAUGGGGCCAUGUAUCGUGAGAUUUUGAGUGAAAACCUCCUUCCAUCAGCAAGGGCAUUGAAGAUGAAACGUGGCUGGGUCUUUCAGCAUGACAAUGAUCCCAAACACACCGCCCGGGCAACGAAGGAGUGGCUUCGUAAGAAGCAUUUCAAGGUCCUGGAGUGGCCUAGCCAGUCUCCAGAUCUCAACCCCAUAGAAAAUCUUUGGAGGGAGUUGAAAGUCUGUGUUGCCCAGCGACAGCCCCAAAACAUCACUGCUCUAGAGGAGAUCUGCAUGGAGGAAUGGGCCAAAAUACCAGCAACAGUGUGUGAAAACCUUGUGAAGACUUACAGAAAACGUUUGACCUGUGUCAUUGCCAACAAAGGGUAUAUAACAAAGUAUUGAGAAACUUUUGUUAUUGACUAAAUACUUAUUUUCCACCAUAAUUUGCAAAUAAAUUCAUAAAAAAUCCUACAAUGUGAUUUUCUGGAUUUUUUUUUCUCAUUUUGUCUGUCAUAGUUGACGUGUACCUAUGAUGAAAAUUAUAGGCCUCAUCUUUUUAAGUGGGAGAACUUGCACAAUUGGUGGCUGACUAAAUACAUUUUUUCCCCACUGUACACCUGUUGUUUACGAAGCACAUGACAAAUGCAUUUGAUUUGAUACACACACAUAUGCACCAUUUUACAGUAAACAAAUUGACAACAGACUUUCAGCACGCUUAUUGGGAAGGACAUUCAACAAGCACAGCACUUACACAAAUGACUGAUUGGCUGAGAGAAAUUGAUGAUAAAAAUAUUGUGGGGGCUUUGAGUAAAGCCAGUGUGUCUAUGUAUGAGGAUGACUCAACACUAUACACGUCAGCUACUACAGCGACUGAAAUGACUGCAACACUUAACAACAGACACACGCAUACGCAAACAAGCGCUACCACACACACUUUACACACACGUAAAUUGUAAUAUUGUUGUAUGGUGGUAUUAUACAUUUUGUGUUGUGGAUAUGUGGUGGUGUGACAGUGUUAUAUGAUGUACUGUUUUAUCUUUGGUUAAAUAUGUAAUGUAAGUGUCUUAAUGUGUUUGGACUCCAGGAAGAGUAGCUGCUACCUUGGCAGCAGCUAAUGGGGAUCCCUUAUAAAAUACAAAUACCACAUUGUGACAUAAUUAAAGCAUAAAAUACAAAGACAUUGACAAACCUGCAGAUUAUAUUACAGACCUAAUGUGAAUGAUUUUUUUGUUAUUAAAACAAUGGGACUAAUGUGUGUGUCUCUGUCCACAGUGGCUCAGCUGGUCAUGUCCCCCUGGGUGAGGUGCAUUUGACUGUCAGACACAGCUCUCAGAGGAACAAGCUCAUUGUGGUUGUACAUGCCUGCCGGUAAGAGACAUGACGGGAGAUUUAGGCUGCGUCCCAAAUACCAUUUAGGAUGCAUCCAUACUGUAGCUUCCACAUGUUAUUCUAUACACUAGCUAUUGGAGAAUGUAUCAUAUUCUGUUAUCAGAUUUAUCCACUCAUUUUUAUUUUUCAAUGUACAAGCUUUUUUUUGACCACAGACCUGAAGCGCAAUCAUUUUUAUAAUAGUUUUCUUUUAACCGGUUACACUCGUGGGAAUGGGCCUAUAUGGAUAGGGCUACAUGUAAAUGUUUUUUACAGAAGAAAUAUGAAAAGUAUAUGCAUAACCAUGGUAGCAAUUGAAAGGGAACAGUUUGGAUAUUAUGGGAAAAUUAUUAGACCAAAGUUGAGACCCAACAGUUCACCUGACACAAGACUGAAUCCAAACAUUACACUGUUGAUUUUAUGUGCAUUUUACAUUCACUGUACUUUUCGCCGCAUUUGUUGAUAACGAAAUCUGAAAAUCUGGCCACAUUCCAAAGUGUGCACAGUUCCUAAGUAAUUUCAAUGCACUUUUAUGACUCAAAGAAGUCUUCAACUAUAAGGUGUUUUUUUGAGCUCUCCUAGCUGUGCCAGUGAGGAACUAGAGCAAGGACACUUGUAGUUGUUUUUGUUUGGAACACAACGCUGCAUCCCCGCCAUCACACAAUUACUGUUGUUUACGCAAUCCAAAAACGGCCCAUUUUAAAUUGCAAUAUGGGUCAGGUGGGCAUCAUUUGAAAGCUUGUUCUAUUGCCAACAUGACUAGCUAAGUAAAAUAAUACGAUCUUAGUGUUUGGCUUUCACAAGGAAAUUCAAAUAAAAAUAUUGUAAUUAUGGUGCGCAUAGAAAGGAGUCAUGUGUGCCACAGUGAAUUUUCUUCACAACAGACAAACAGGCUCAUUCUGUUCAGAACAACCCAGGGUAUGACGCCAUGUCAUCUAGUAACUGUACAUCAAACAUAGUGAUCAUAAACGUUGACACUGUAUAUGACAUUAGUAUAAUGAUAUGGAAAUGGGAAGUGCACAUUCGGACUCACGGGUGUUUGGCUGGCUUGUAUGACAUCAAAGCUGUAUUUUAUUAUAAUUCUCAACGUCUCCUCUUUCAAAAUACAUAGAGUCCUCUUAAUUAACAGCAUUUCCCUCACUCAGUCAACAAAACAUUUGCAAAAGUUGCCAAUUAGCGGGAGGGAUGUGGGCAACUUGUCGCGUGCGGUGCUCAAGUCAGUCAAAACCCAUACAGUGCUGUGAAGCGGAGACCCUGAACUCUGACGUCAUUCAUCGAAUGUUACUGUACAGCCACUGCGUUCCAAUUUAGGUGCUUAACAGUGCCCAAAUCUGUCAUUUUCCACCUGUAUACGGGUACGAGUGUAAAGGGCUACCCCAAAUUAUGUGAUACAGUUUGAUCUUUUUCUCUCACUCUAUCUCUCUACCUCCACUCUCUCUGCCUCUCUCUCCCACUCUCCACAGAAACCUGAUUGCGUUCACAGAUCAUGGGUCGGAUCCGUAUGUGCGGCUCUAUCUUCUACCUGACAAGCGAAGGUCUGGGAGGAGGAAAACCCACACGCACAAGAAGACACUGAACCCUGUUUACGAUGAGACGUAAGUUUAAUCAUUCCUCUUUAUUCCUCUUACCAUCAAACAUCAGUGGGUUGACUGGUAGUCUACUGGUAGUCAUUGUAUAAUUGAAUUGUUUGUGUGCAUGUGUUGUCAGAUUUGAGUUCAAUGUGUCGAUCGUGGAGUUGCACAGGAGGACUCUGGAUGUGGCGGUAAAGAAUGGAGGAAAUAUCUUGUCCAAACACAAAGGGCUGCUGGGGCAG